UAUGUUGUUAAGGUUGGCAGUGUUGAAGCGUAUCGUGUUAUGAAAUUCUCUUACAAUGAUAAUAUAACCAUGCAUCGACUGAAUACUGCAGAUUUUCAUCGGAUAUUCGUGAGAUUCUGUUCGUAUGCGGCGCAUUGCACGUUCGGUUUGCUAAUUGGUGUCAUACCAGUACAGCUAACAAAAUACUCGACAGGACGUUUGAGGCCGCAUUUUUUGGAUGUCUGUAAGCCGAACGUAAAUUUGACAGUGUUAUGCGGCAGUGGUAGUGCAUCGAGUCAUGAUUAUAUCGAAGAUUACGUGUGUUUGGGAGGUCCUGAAGCUCGUGUGCGCAAUGCAAGGUUGUCGUUUUAUAGUGGGCAUGCAUCGACAGCGAUGAAUGUGGCCGUGUUUUGUGUGAUGUAUUUGCAAGCGCGUUUACCGAGAAGAAUUUACGGCAUCUCCUUAUUGCCUCUAUUUCAAACGAUGUUAAUUGGUGGCGCCCUUUUGGUGGGAUAUUCGAGGGUGUCGGAUAAUAUGCAUCAUCCAACCGAUGUUAUGGUAGGAUUCGCUGCGGGACUCAUGGUGGCCUUGGUUUCGGUUAGUUCGUUUUUGGGGAUUAUUAUUGAGACUUUCGUCAUUUGUUGA